GCAGUAGUUAACAUGUUCACUCGUCGUCACACGGAGGUACAUGACAGUGUGACCACCAUGCGUCAGAGCGACGAGCCUCUCCUCUCUUCUCCCUCUCCCGGAAACGCCUACCCAUGCAAAGUUCUAUCGGCCACGCUAUUCUCGUUAGCCAUCGCCGCCGCCUUCCUCCUACUCACCCCCACGGCCCCGGACCUCUGCGCGAACUCCCCUGACCCGGCCUCGUGCCAGACCAUCGUCGCCGACGCCGUCCUAGCGUCGUCACCGCACGCCCACCGCCCGAGCCGCCCGGCGCAGAUCCUCCGCGCCAUCAUCGCCACGUCUCUUGACCGGCAUGACGCGGCCGCCGAAGCGGUGGCGGGCAUGCGCCGGCGCGCCAGCGACCCGAGGCAGCGCGCGGCACUGGAGGACUGCGUCCAGCUGAUGGGGCUCGCACGCGACCGUCUCGUCGACGCCGCGGGCGCGGCCGACGGCGGCGGCGACGGAGACGACGCGCGCACGUGGCUCAGCGCCGUGCUCACCGACCACGUGACGUGCCUGGACGGCCUCGACGCCGACGGACCGCUGCGCGACUCCGUGGGGGCGCACCUGGAGCCACUCAAGUCCCUCGCGAGCGCGUCGCUCGCCGUGCUCAACGCCGUCGGCGGCGCUCGGGAUGUGCUCGCCGAGGUCGUGGACAGGUUCCCGUCGUGGGUGCCGGCGAGAGACCGUGCGCUCCUUGAAGCAGGUGCGGGCGCCGUGCAGGCGGACGUGGUGGUGGCCCAGGACGGGAGCGGCAAGUACAAGACGAUAAAGGAGGCGGUGGACGCGGCCCCCGACGGCGGCAAGAGCCGGUACGUGAUCUACGUGAAGAAGGGGGUGUACAAGGAGAACCUCGAGGUGGGUAAGAAGAAGCGCGAGGUGAUGAUCGUCGGUGACGGCAUGGACCAGACGGUCAUCACCGGCAGCCGCAACGUGGUCGACGGCGCCACAACUUUCAACUCGGCCACGCUAGCCUUGUCGGGCGACGGGAUCAUCCUCCAGGACCUCAGGGUGGAGAACACGGCGGGGCCCGAGAAGCACCAGGCGGUGGCCCUCCGCGCGAGCGCCGACCGCGCCGUGAUCAACCGCUGCAGCCUGGACGGCUACCAGGACACCCUGUACGCGCACCAGCUCCGGCAGUUCUACCGCGACUGCGCCGUCUCCGGCACGGUGGACUUCGUGUUCGGCAACGCGGCGGCCGUGCUCCAGGGCUGCGUGCUCACGGCGCGGCGCCCCGCGGCGGCGCAGAAGAACGCGGUCACGGCGCAGGGCCGGACCGAUCCGAACCAGAACACCGGCACCUCCGUCCACCGGUGCCGCGUCGUGCCGGCGCCCGACCUGGCGCCCGUGGCGAAGCAGUUCCCGACGUUCCUGGGCCGGCCGUGGAAGGAGUACUCGCGCACGGUGUACAUGCUGUCCUACCUGGACGCGCACGUCGACCCGGCGGGGUGGCUCGCGUGGAACGGCGACUUCGCGCUCAAGACGCUCUUCUACGGCGAGUACCAGAACCAGGGCCCCGGCGCCGGCACCGCCGCCCGCGUCGGCUGGCCCGGGUACCGCGUCAUCACGGACCGGAGCGUCGCCAUGCAGUUCACCGUGGGGCAGUUCAUCCAGGGCGGCGACUGGCUCAACGCCACCGGCGUCACCUACAACGACGGGCUCUGAUUCUGGAUUGUUGUCGAUGGAUCGUUUCUCUCACCGCGGCGUCCUAGAGCAUAUAAUUGACCUGACAUCUUGUACGAGUUGCCAUGUUUGCAUGCAUUCUGUUGCUCCCAAUACUUAGUACGAGUAAUCAUUAUCGGUAAAUAAAAGCAAUAAAGCAUGCUAAUGAUGGAAAUCA